AUGGGUCUACAAAAUCCAGAAACUACCUUUGAGGUGUAUGCAGAAGUGACCCACUCAGGAAUCAGUUGCAUUGGGAAAGAUCCUGAGGUGCGGAGGCAAUUCCCAGAGGGCUACAGUGACCAGGAAGUUCUACAGACUCUGACCAAGUUUUGUUUCCCCUUCUAUGUGGACAGCCAUGCCAUUAACCAAGUUGGGCAGAACUUCACCUUUGUGCUCACAGACAUUGACAGCAAGCAGAGGUUUGGGUUCUGUCGCUUAUCUUCGGGGGCCAAGAGCUGCUUCUGUAUCUUAAGUUACCUCCCAUGGUUUGAAGUCUUUUAUAAACUGCUCAAUGUCUUGGCAGAUUAUUCAGCAAAAGGACAGGAUAGUCAGAGGAGUGAGCUCCUAGAAACAUUUCAUAAACUUACCAUCCCUGAGCCAGGAACCUCUGUUCAUCUUGGAGUGCACUCUUACUUUACUGUGCCUGACACCAGAGAGCUUCCCAGUAUACCUGAAAAUAGAAAUCUGACAGAGUAUUUUGUAGCAGUUGAUGUGAACAACAUGCUGCACCUCUACGCCAGUAUGCUGUACGAGCGCCGCAUCCUCAUUUGCUGUAGUAAGCUGAGCACUUUAACUGCCUGCAUCCAUGGGUCUGCAGCCAUGCUCUACCCGAUGUUCUGGCAGCACGUUUACAUUCCUGUCCUGCCCCCACAUCUCCUGGACUACUGCUGUGCCCCCAUGCCCUACCUCAUUGGAAUACACCUAAGUUUGAUGGAGAAAGUAAGAAGCAUGGCCCUGGAAGAUGUGGUGAUCCUUAACGUAGACACCAACACACUGGAAACCCCUUUUGAUGACCUUCAGAGCCUCCCCAAUGAUGUGGUUUCUGCACUGAAGAACAGAUUGAAGAAAGUCUCUACAACCACUGGAGAUGGUGUUGCAAGAGCGUUUCUGAAAGCACAAGCAGCUUUCUUUGGGAGCUACAGAAACGCCCUGAAAAUUGAACCUGGUGAGCCCAUCACUUUCUGUGAAGAAGCGUUCGUGUCCCACCGCUCAUCUGUGAUGAGGCAGUUCCUGCAGAACGCCAUCCAGCUCCAGCUCUUCAAGCAGUUCAUUGAUGGGCGUCUGGAUCUGCUGAAUUCUGGGGAGGGCUUCAGCGAUGUGUUUGAAGAGGAGAUAAAUAUGGGAGAAUAUGCAGGUAGCGACAAACUGUACCACCAGUGGCUGUCCACAGUGAGGAAAGGAAGUGGAGCCAUUUUAAACACAGUAAAGACCAAGGCUAACCCUGCCAUGAAGACUGUCUAUAAGUUUGCAAAAGAUCAUGCAAAAAUGGGAAUAAAAGAAGUGAAAAACCGCUUGAAGCAAAAGGACUUUGCUGAGAACGGGUGCUCAGCAGCGCCGGAGGAGCCCCUGCCAAGGACAGCACCAUCACCACUGGUCGAGAAGAAGGACCCAAAAUUAAGAGAGGACAGAAGACCAAUCACGGUACAUUUUGGUCAGGUUCGUCCCCCAAGACCUCAUGUGGUUAAGAGGCCCAAGAGCAACAUUGGUGUGGAGGGCCGGAGGACCUCAGUUCCCAGCCCAGAACACCUCGUAAAGCCCAUGCGACACUAUACAGUCUUCCUCUCUGAGGACUCCUCUGAUGAUGAGUUUCAGCAGGAAGAGGAUCCUGUCUCUGGCUUCUCUGAAAACUUUUUCUUCUCUGCUCCUUUCGAAUGGCCUCAGCCGUACCGGGCCCUGAAGGAGUCGGACAGUGCCGACGGGGAGGACGUGGGCAGCCCGGAGAAGGCGAGAGAGCCGCUGCCCCCGAGCCCUCUGCUCUCCAGCAAGGCCUCAGAAGUCAACCUCCUGGAAGAUAUCUUCCCCAACUUGGAAGUGGAAGCCCAGCCUCAGCCCCUCAGCCAGGCCAAGAGCCUGGAGGACCUGCGGACGCCCAAGGAGGAGGCGGAGCAGCGCUGCUCCUUUGAAUACCAGAGAAUGGAUCUCGGUGUGUCUGAGAGGAACAGGAUUGUGCCAAGCAUGAAGCUGUCCCACGCUUACAACAAGCUGUGGAGUAUGGGCCACGAUGAUAUGGCUAUUCCCACCAAAUAUUCCCAAAGCUCGCCCGAAAGACCCUUGGCUGCCCUGGGUAAUGUGCCCCCCAUCACCAGGAGACCCCAGAGCAGAGACAGUGGUCUGGCUCCUGCAGAAAAGGAGGAAUCCAGUCCUGCCAUUCAAGGGAACAUCACCAUUCCUAGGCCACAGGGAAGAAAAACACCAGAACUGGGCAUCGUGCCACCACCACCAGCACCCAGAGCUUCCAAGCACCAGGCUGCAGCUGGGUCAGCGGAAAUCUUCACCCCUCACGGGCGCAGCCACUUGGUUCCAGAUCUCAUCCCAGAGCCCUUUGGGGCUGGGAAUGUGUCCUUAGACACCGAAGUGCAGCAGUCUGUAAAUUCCUCCUCUCGCCCGUCACAGCUGCUGUGCGGCGCUGCCGGCGCUGCCGAGAUGCUGCAGCCGGUGCGGGUGAAGACGGAAGGAGCGAGUAACGAGAGCGAGCUCCUGCUGAGCCUGCUGGACCCGCUGAGAACCACGGGCUGGCCGGGCUCGGCUCUGCCAGGCUCGGCCCCGCUGGGCUCGGCCCCCACGCCCGCCUUGGGUGCCCUGCCAAGCGACUUUGUGCCUCCUCUAGCUGCACCAUUUGCCCAGCCCCUUGGCUAUGCUGCCCCAGCUCCACCGCCUUUUCUACAGCCCUCCCCGAAUCCCUUCACCCAGACACUGCCAGGAGCCCUCCCCGUGUCCCUGGUCAGACCCCCGAGGGGCUCCUUCACCCACUCCUUAGGUCACGCAUACAGCUCCAGCUUCAUAACCCCCACUGCCGGCUUCUACCCGCCACAGAGACCUCAGUCCCACAUGGCCACACUGUCCAUGCCAAACCUGUUCAGCCAGGCUCCAGCUGUACCAGCAGCUGGCUCCUUGCUCCUGCAGACCCACAGCCCUUCUCCCACCAGCUCUCUCCAGCCAGUGUGUCUGGGUGGUCCCUCCAAACCCCGAACGUUACAGGUGGGCCAGCCCAGCACAAAGGUAGAUCCCAAACAAGCCCUGGCUCUCCUGGCCAGUGAACCCCCUCUGGUCCCUGCUAGGCCAGCCAAGGGCUUGGAGUCGUUGUUACUGUCCUCAAAAUCUGAGGAGACAAAAGAUCCAUUUGAAGAUCUGUUAAAAAAGAGCAAGCAGGACGUGUCACCCACACCAGGUAAGGUGGAGCAGCUCAGAAAGCGAUGGGAAACCUUUGAGUGACGCACCCCAUGGCCUUGGUGUCCUUUUGGAAGUGACAGAAGGAUUUUUUGGUUUUUUUGAGCCAGCAUAAAACCAAGCAUUUCUUUUAAGGAAGGCUGAGCCAGGAUCGCUGCAGGACCAUCACUGAGCUGCACCUCAGCACGAGAGCUUUUUGCCCACAGGUCAGAGUCCCCCAUUGUCCCAGUCCCUGACACUGCUCCCUCACUCCCCGCCACCAAACCCUGGGAUUCCUGCACUGACCAAAGCGUGAGGGGAGGUGGGGUGGGUUGGGAUUUCCACACACAGCUUUUCAGGCAGCACUACUGAUGCACAAGUUACUCCCUCCCUGUAUUUUCAGUCCUUGGCACACCUGGAGCGUGACACAGCCCGCUCUGCUGAGGUUCGUUCCUGCCGCUGGGAAUGGGCCUCAGUUUUUCUGGCAAUACACAGAGAUACAAGGUUUUGUUUCCACAUGCAAAGCGCAGCAAACCAGCCUGACUUGUGGGCUGCACUGAACUGAUCAUCAGUCUCUGUUUGUGCUCCUUGCACCCCAGCCACUCCCGGAGCUGUGCUGUCAGAGGGACUUUGGUGGCACUUUUGGCUCCCCCCGUGAACACCGACAGCCAGGGCAGAGUUGUCACAGGCCUGGAAACCACAGCACAGAGCAGCUGCUCAGGGAUUGGUCCUGCAUCUCUGUUGGGAAACUGGAAACACCAGCAAUUGUUUUCAUUUUUUUGACUUUGUUUUUGUUAAAUACAUCAGAAAAUAGAGGCCAUAAAGAGUAUCCUAGUUCUUAUAUAUGUGUAUCUUAAUAUUAUCUAUCAAUAUUAUAAAUUACAGUAUAUGAAUGGAAUGUAACAAUAUCUUACUUGAUUAUUACAAACAAAAAAAGAGAAAAAUUUUGGGGUAUCAAUGUUCCCAGCUCCUGAGUGCAGGUGAAGGCUGGUGUGCUGAGGGGCUGAGGGCAGGGCAUGGCCAGGAAGGGGGAUCUGGGCUCUGUGGCCUCGCUGGAGCCUCGGGCUGGCCCUGUCUGGCCCGCGAGGAGCGCAGGGGACGCUCAGCUGGGUGUUCUGAGCCCCCUCUCUGUGUUCUCCAGACAUUUCACACAAGCCUCAGCAUCCCCCAGGACAGCUGCUGUCUCUGAUCAUUUCUGUUUCACUUCAGUGGUGCUUUUUUGGUUUGUUUUGUAUUGGGGCACACUCUGGUGUAAAACCUGUCACUCUCGCAGAGGGAAUCACAUCACCAUUGAGCCUUUGAUAAAGGAAAUCAUCUUGGACACAUGGGGAAAUUCUUGUAAAGCUUUAUCUGAUUUCCAAUGUAUCUAUUUUAUUCAUGUUAUCUUGGAAGUUUUCUUACUCUGGGGAAUGGGAAUGGCUGUCUCUGUGUUUGAGGCUGGGCGGUACAAAAGGAAAGUAAUAUCUGAAAUGCUGCCGGUUUUGGGAAGACCACAGUAUUCCAGGAAUAUUCUGUUUCUGUACAGUGCUGUUCCUCUGACAAGCCAUUCACUUGGAUUUGUAUUUUCUUUUUGUGUUGAAAGACAGAUGGGUUUAGUAUUGAAUAGUAAAAUAUUUAAAGUCUAA